AUGUCUUCCACAACCGUCGACAACAAGAUGUCCAUCGAGACCAUCAUCCACCCCGAACCCGAAGAGGGCAGACCAGCGUGGACCACACCAUUCUGGCCUCGUCUCAGAGACUCCCUCAUCGAAGAUCCAGAGCUCUUCGACCAUCUUCAUCUCGAGUGCGGAAUCUGCCUCACCGAGAUGUCUAUCUUUCGCCACGACCACACUUUCACCCCUGAUGAAGGCCUGACCCCUAAGGAGAAAACGAGAUCCCACCGAGCUUGCAUCUUACCUUGCGGUCACAUGUUUGGACACAAGUGUCUUCACACCAUGAUCGACGAAGCCGUGAAGGAAAUGGAAGAAGGAAGAGCACCGGAAUUGUCCUGUCCAUCCUGCCGUGAGGUUUUCUCACCUCACAGAGACUGUCCUCAUCCCCACUCAGGUAAGUUGAUGCCAACCACAAUGGAGGGCGUUUACAAAAUGCCGCCCGCAUUCUCAGAGGGCGGUGUUCUAUCACAUAGCUGCGGUAACUGUAUAGCCAUCGAGACAAUUUCCGUCGUCGCAGCUCUAGUCCCCAUGUUCACACCCCCACUAGACUUGACAGAAAGAGAGACGCUCAUGGUGUACGGGGCUGCAGACAAUGGCCAUAUGUGGUGGUCUGUAAACUUUGAACAAAGCAUUGAUGUCUACGAUGAAGUUGUGCGGGAGAUUCCUCUGGGGGAUGCGUUGCAGCGGAUCUGCGAUGAGAUCAAUGAGCGUCUGAAGCAGAAUGCGAAAAAGAGAUGGUACUCUGAGGACUUUUCAGAGCUCAAGUUCAAGGUCAUGCUCCAGAGGGACAUUCGUCCCGGAAUGGGAUAUGAGGAAGCUGUAGAUGUCGUGCAAGACGGACAAGCGAACGAGAACGAGGUAUUGGAAGCUGUUAGGGUUUUGCAAGACGGACAAGCGAACGAGAACGCGGUAUUGGAAGCUGUUAGGGUUUUGCAAGACGGACAAGCGAGGGGCGACUUGGUAUGGAGGCUGGAGUAG